AUGAUAUAAGUUGAAAAAACAACUGUAAUUGUGAAUUAUGAAGAUAUUAUAGAUUAAGGGAAUUUUGGAUCUCUUUUCAAAGGUACAAUUAGUUAGGGUAAAUUGGUGGCUGUAAAAAUACAAAAAGACAUUUCAGAUUUUGAAAACUAGAUUUUAUCGGCAAUUAAAGGAAAACAAUUUGAUCAUAUAAUUGAAGUGAUUGCUUUUGAAAAAAAGGAGAAAGCUGCUUACACAAUUAUGGAACUUGGUGAAAAGUUUGAUUUAAGUAAAAUUUUGAAUAAAAAGAAUGCAUGCUUGCAAAUGGCAAAAGGUGUUCAAGAAUUACAUAAAUUAGGAUUUUUUCAUCGGGAUUUAAAACCUGGUAAUUUUGUAAUAGGGAAAGACAACAAAAUCAAGUUGAUUGAUUUUGGGAUCUCUAAAAAAAUAGAAGAGAAAUCUCAAACCCAAAUGUAAGGGACAUAUCAAUAUAUGGCUCCAGAAAUACUGAAAACCUAAGCUUAUGACCAUUCUGUUGAUAUCUGGUCUUUGGGAUUGGUUUUUUAUGAGGUCUUUCUAGGUUUAGUAUUUUUUACAAAUAAAUAAGAAGGUGAAAUGAUUGAUGACCUACUUUAAAUCAAGCAAAUAUAAAUCAAUGAAAAAAUAAGAGCAAAUAGAAAUUUAGGAUAGUGGCAACAAAAAUUGCUAUAAAAAAUGAUUGUUCAAAG